AAUCUGUCACGCUGGCUGGUGCCACCUCCUGCCCUGCAUAACUCAUCGAUGAGUUAUGCCAGCGCAAUUCUCCCACCCCCAAAAUAAGUUCCCGGUUCAGCUGGGGCCUCAAGGAGGCAGCAACGACAUCACUAUCCUCAACCAGCCAUCGUCUACCGCGAAGAUGAUGACAGUUCUUCCAAACGUCCCGUUAACACCACCUGGCCUUCCCCCAAAACCAGCACGUAAACCAGCAGUAGCAUCCACCAUCAGUACCACAGCACAUCAGACGGUGUCGCCACCACCCAUCCAGCAGUCGCAGUCGUCGUCUUCUUCGUCGUCUGCAGUGUCUUUCCCAAGUGAGGACGUCGCCAUUAAACUUCCUGUGGCUCCUCGUGUGACGCCACCAUCGCUUGCUCGAGCGAAGGGUAGACCAAGAGGGAGAUAUACACAUACGAGAGGUGUUAGGAAGAUCCAGAGCGUGCCACAUGUACAGCCGCAAGAUAGUAUCCCGCUCGACUAUUCGGCUUUCGAGCAACACAAUUCGUCGUCGGUGCGCAGCUAUAUGGCUUCCCCGGAACCAACAUCGAUCUGCGUCAAAGUUCCUCCCUCUGCGCCGUGUCAGUCUCCUCGUGCCGAGCCCCCUCAUUCGGCGCACCUUCCUCCCAAACCGGAACAACAGUUACCACCUCGCGGUCGGCGUGCCGAGACUUGUGAGCAUUGGCUAAUGGGCAGGUGUACCAAGUCUCCUUGUCGAUACUUGCACGAACUCCAACCCGGGGCGUGUUUGGUUUGGUUGACGAUGGGUAGAUGCAAUAAAUAUAUCUGCCCAUUCCAACACGCGCAACCGACCUUCCCCUGUGGGGCUUGGUUGAAAGGUUCCUGCAAUAACUCCCCCUGCCCGUUUUUACAUGAGCAGAAGCCUGAGACUUCCGUGGACGUUUCGGAGGAUGCGUGCAAGGUGCCUUCUUCGUGUUCGUCCGAGAAGAAAACUUCACUUUCCAUCGAUUGGUUGAUGAAUCACUGCACCAUAUCCAACGCUCCUUCCAAGCCAACCGAGGUUGCUCGGGAAUCCUUCACAACUUCUGCCGAACCAAGAGAAAGUAGCGUUAUACCCAGACCGAGCCCUCAGCAGGCCAAAGGUACGCUGGAUGGCCGCCGCGAGUCGCCAGCCAACAGCAACUCACGUCCGAACGGCGCGUCAUUUCAUGUUUCCCGAGAUUGUCGCAUAACACCUGUUGAACCAGUAAAAAGUGGUAGUGCUUUACCCAGACCGAGCCUUCAGCAGGCCAAAGGCACGCCGGAUGGCUCCCGCGAGUUGCUGGCCAACGGCCACUCACGCCCGAACGGCGUGUCGUCCUCUGUUGUUCAAGAAUGCCAGACAACUCCUGCUGAACCAAGCAAAAGUAGCGCCACAUCUAGACCGAGCCCUCAGCAGGCCAAAAGUACCUCGGAUCGCCACGGCGAGUCGCCGGCCAAUGGCCACUCACGCCCAAAUGGCGCGUCAUCUCAUGUUGCUGAAGAAUGCCGCACAAAUCCUGCUGAACCAAGAAACCGCCACUCAUGCGCGGACGGCGCGGCAUCUCAUGUUACUCAAGGAUGUCGCAUACCACCUGUUGAACCAGUAAAUAGUGGUGCUUUACCCAGAUCGAGCCUCCAGCAGGCCAAAGGUGCGCUGGAUGGCCACGACGGGUCGCCGGCCAACGGUCACUCACGCCCGAACGGCGUGUUAUCUCAUGUUACUCAAGAAUACCGCACAACUCCUGCUGAACCGAGAAAAAGUAGUGCUACAUCUAGACCGAGCCCUCAGCACGCCAAAGGUACGCUGGAUGGCCACGGUGAGUCACCGGCUAACGGCCACUCACGCCCCAACGGCGUGUCAUCCCAUGUUGGUCAAGAGUGCCGUGCACCUGCUGAGCCGAGAAAAAGUAGUGUUAUACCUAGACAGAGCCUUCAGCAGGCCAAGGGUACGCCGGAUGGCCACGGCGAGUCGCCGGCCAACGGCUAUUCGCGCCCAAACGGCGCGCCCUCUUCUCAUCCCCCUCCCAUGCGUGCGCGCAUUUCCGCCCAGCCCUCCACAUUCGACAACCCCAAGCUAAACGGAUGCUCCAACGACACCGUUCCACCAACACUUGACUCCCGUUCGGUCCCGCCGCGCACUUCCGACGUUAACAUUAGACCCCCACGGAUACCUGUCCAGGAGAGGCUUCCAGAAACGUGCCUGGAUUGGCUACAAGGUACUUGCAGAAGAUCUCCUUGUCCAUAUCUGCAUCGCAGGCAGCCAGAGACCUGUGCCAAAUGGCGGCAGGAUAUAUGCCAGAGGUACUUUUGUCCCUUUGUACACGAUUUGGAUGUCACGUGCCAAGAUUGGCUGAGGGGACAGUGUAAAUGGCGCGUCUGUCGUCAUGCACACGCAAAAGCACUUGACAAGCCAGCCCCAUCUCUGGAGCCACUCUUUGGUACGGUGAUUGCUGACCACAUCAAAGUCAGAUUGGACAGAGGCUUUGAGGUUCAAGAGGUAAUCACAGGCUUCGAGAGCCGAUGGGUUCAUCUAGGAAAUGUUGCGCCUGGAAUAUCGUCAAACGUCAUCAGGGGAUUGCUAUCGCAGUAUGGUCAUGUGGAUUCGCUCAUCGUCCCGGAAAGUACUACGAAAAAAUCGUUGGUCAUCAAAGCGCAGUUUUCGUCCCCUGCUGAGGCCAUGAAGGCUGCUACAGCCCUGCACGGACAAGAGUUUCACGAUCAGCACUUGAUGGCUAGGUUGUCCAUUAACAACUUCAAGAAGGGAAACAUGGUCGUCACUGACACCGAUGUCUGUGUGGCGUGGCAGUCACCUCACCGUAUGGGCUAUGGUGGUUACGCCACCCUCAAAGGCGCGCGGGCUGUCAUGGACUCCGUUUCCAAUACCCGAAUGGGGGAUAGCCUCGUAACUGCCGAUUUGUACGACGGGCUUCCUGCUGUUGGCGCAUACAACGUCGUAUUCAGACACCUACCAUCCGAAACAACAGAACAAGAUAUUCGAAAUUUGGGAGGGGAUAUAGAAUCGAUCAUGUUGGAGCGUCCCAACUAUACGUCUAUCGAACGCGCGAUGCAGACUCUGCGUUCGAUACUAGAAAACUAUGGGACAGUUAUCAGUUUCGAUGAUCUCCCUCCUCCGUACAGGGAUGGAGCGGUCAAGGCCUGGGUUAGGUUCUCGAGUCAUGCGGAGGCCCGCCAUGCCCAAGACUCUCUCGACGGCCAAAAUUUCGCGUUCUUGGGUCGCACACCGAUUUCUGUGCGACAUGUUCUCAGCAUGUCUUACACCCUCCCGUGCACCGUAUACCGCAAAUUACAAGAUGACCUGACGUGGUUGCGUCGGUCGUGGUCGCAACGAUACGGUCCCGGAAUUACAUUGAGCGAGAAGGGGGAUAUCAACGGCAUGGCGGAUGGCCCGGUGUUCAUUAGAGUGUCAUGCGAAGACUCCCUUCUUCUUAGUCAUCUAAAGUACGAGUUCGAACAGCUUCUUCGUGGGGACACUGUCAUGUUCAACAAGAAGCCCGUUUGGGACGACUUCCUGACCGGCCCUACCGGUUUGUCGUUCAUCCAUCAGCUACAAAGGGAAUACCCUGGUGUCGAUGUUCAAGUUCGCGGAUCUAGUCGCAUCGUGACUGUCAUGGGCACGAUCACACGCCGUCACCUUGUAAAGCAGGAGAUCGUCCGCAAGAUCGUGGAGGUCCAAUCGCAACUGUUGUGGGAUAUACCUCUUCCGGGCCGAACGCUUGGUUUGUUCCUCAGCGAAGACCUGACCAGGCUUCAAGAAACCUUUGGCGCAGAGAAUUGCUACCUCCAUUACGGCAAACGCGCUCUUAUCGUCCGUGGAAACGAGCAAACCUUCCGUAUUGCGUGCAAGGCGGUACAGGACGCCCAAAGCCGACAAGGAGUGGAACCCUCUCAAUCGGGUGCCAUAUGUCCCGUCUGCUUCAACGACCCGGUCCUACCCACCUUCCUCCCGUGCGGUCACCAGUGGUGCCGAGGUUGUCUCGUCGGAUAUCUGUCAUCAGCCGUCGACAACAAAACGUUCCCACUUACCUGCCUCGGUAACGACGCGUGCUGUUCGGAACGCAUCCCGCUCAGCCUCGCACGAGAGCUUCUUACUGCAGCCGAGUUCAAUGCCGUCAUUGAUGCAGCAUUCUGGACACAUGUGCACAGCCGACCCGACGAAUUCCAUCACUGCCCGGUCCCCGACUGCAUCCAGAUCUACCGUUCUGCGCCACGCAACACUGUCCUCCAAUGCCCAUCGUGCCUCACGCACAUAUGCCCUGCGUGUCACAUAGAGUACCACGACGGCAUGACAUGUGAGGAGCGUGAUGCAGCGGAUGAUAAAUUGUUCUGGCAAUGGCGGUCGGAUAAUGACGUCAAGGACUGUCCUGUGUGUAGGGUUCCGAUCGAGCGCAGUGAGGGAUGCAACCAUAUGACCUGCAUCCGGUGUCAGUCGCACAUAUGUUGGGAGUGCCUUGCAGUGUUCCCCAGAGGCGAAGGUAUAUACGACCACAUGCGUAACAAACAUGGUGGUAUCGGCCUAUAAUGCCAGGUUUCUCGCUACUUUCAUGUACUUCUCUUUCUUUCUUUCUGCUUCUUUCACUGUCUCAUAUUGCCCUCUCGGUGUUUCACUCGCGAUCCUUUCUUUGUGCACUAUCACAUUGUCUGGAUAAGUGUUCAUGCCUCAUG